GUGCACUGUCUAUCCAAGAUGGCUAAAUAAUUACAAUGGCUGCUUCUGAUGAUUCCUCUUUCCAAGAAGAGCUGGACGACAAAACAGUCUUUGAUUUUCUUUUACAUCGGGACAUAUAGUGCUAUUCAUUUGAGCUGUAAUAUACUGAAGCAGAGUUGAGAGAGAGAAAUAGAAUUGCGAAUGCUGAAUUGCCGGUGCAAUUCAAGUCUGUGCUGCAACGAAUUUGAUCGCGGACAGUUCUUACUGGAGAGGGUCACUGCAAACCCCAUGGAUCGUGUGUGUGUGUGACAGACCAUCAAUGUUUCUAUGCACACAUGGAUAGAGGGAUGCUGGAAACAUCCUUCAGAACUUCCCAGAUUAACUGGAGACGGCAGCAUAGACCAGCUGGACCAGGAGGGCAAAUGACAAACGAACUUUGAGACACUGACACGGGAGCUGUUCAAGCUUCAGUUUGAGGAGUCAGGGGUCAGAGGUCAAGGCUCAAGGUUCGUGUCAGAAGACCUCUCCAGUCUCCUAGAGUCACCUACCAACACGCCUUCACUGUCUGACUCUGAUGACCUGGAGGAGAUGGAGAGACUGAGGAAAGACCACAUUGAGGCUCUGAGAGAGAUCAAGAAACUACAGGAGCAGUUGGCAGAGUCAGAGAGACUUCACCUGCAGAUGCAGGAAGAGCUGAACAGGGUCAAACAGGAGGUAAAGUCUGGGACGGAUGAGAGCCGUGCUCUGCGGAGCCGGAUCCACUUGGCUGUAGCAGCCCAGAAGCAGGCCAGGGGAAUGGAGAUGGAUUAUGAGGAGGUGAUCCAUCUCCUGGAGGCUGAGAUAGCCGAGCUCAAGGCCCAGAGGAAUGAACAGCAGCAGCCCGGCCAGGCUAAGUGUGUCGAGCCCACCCAAACCCUGCUGGACCUUGCUCCUGGUUGCUUCCUUUCCUCCCUGUGUGAGUCCGUUCCAGGUUCCUCCCUCUCCCCUGUGCUGAGAAAAGUCUGCUCCUGA